CCAAAGAAGCUACAGAUAUUGCGGACGUACGGCUCCGCGCCAGUCCAUUGGCAACACCCUCAUCGCGCCGAGUACAAUUCACAACCACCAGAUAGCCACAAGGUACAACGCAGUGACACCACUGGCUAUACUCUGCAGCACAAGUCCCAAUCCUCUGGGUGGCGCACGGACGGGGACCUGCAUCCCGAACAUCUUGUACCAGGAAAGUAA